AUGGAAGCAGCAGUGAUCGGGAUGGUGGCUGUGCUCUUUGUGGUCACCGUGGCCAUCACCUGCGUCCUCUGCUGCUUCAGCUGUGACUCAAGGAGCCAGGAUCCUCAGGGGGCCCCACGCCCCAGCUUCACAGUGGCCACGUUUCGCCAGGAGGCUUCCCUCUUCACUGGGCCAGGUCGCCAUGCUCAGCCAGUGGCAGGUGCCCGGGACUUCUGGACCUUCAUGUGAAAUCUACCAGCCCCCAGGAUUUGCUCUUGUUGUUUAGGCGCUCAUUCGUGUCCAACUCUUUGUGACCCCAUGGACGGUAGCCUGCCAGGCUCCUCUGUCCGUGGAAUUCUCCAGGCAAGAAUACUGGAACAGGUAGCCAUUCCAUUCUCCAGGGGAUCUUCUUGACCCAGGGAUUGAACCCAAGUCUCCUGUAUUAGCAGGCGGAUUCUUUACCACUGAGCCACCUGGAAAGCCCAGGAUUUGCUCUGCUGCGGGUCAGACUCCUCUUCCCCCAGCAAGCCUUCUCUGGUGACCCACUCCUCCAGCCUGGCAUUUCUGUCCUGUCCAGCCUGUAUCCAGCAGACUCCUGACUCAUCCUAUUCCGGUUGGCCAUGCCCUCCAGCCUGGGAGAUCUACGGUGAUGGGACCAGUAGGAGUCAGCUCUGACCCCCGAGAGCUCAGCCGGACCCUACCCACAGGGUGGGGCUUACGAGAGGUCGAGAGUGAGUGACCAGGCAAUAUUGGAUGGCAUGGUGGGCCAGCUCCUCUGAUCUACAAGAUGCAGUGAAAUAUCACUGGACUUUAUUGUGAACAGAGUGUUGGUUAUCUCAAGAUGUCCCAGGAUGCCUAUGACGCCGCUGGUUCGAUUGCCACGAGAGGAAGCAGCGCCCUCAAGUGGACAGUUUCAGAAACCACUUUUUAUCUGUUCUGAGAGAGUCAUUCUGCUACUUGCCUGCGCACAUAUUGCAGAGCCCACUUCUGAGACCUGCCUCCUACCUGUUACCUGAAAUCCGCCCUGAAAUUCUGAAACCAAAAGCCUGCUUCCUGGGAACUGGCAAUUCAUUUCACAAUUGAAAAUGCAUAUCCUUUUAUGGGUCUCCCAAGAAUCAGGGUUGGGAAACCACAAAAGGAAACAGAAGAGAAAAAGAGUCACAGAAAGUACCAGACGUUUUAUUAAUAGGAAAGCCAGAAAGAAGACUUUGAAAUGUAUUUGCAUGAGACUUUAUUUCUAUAUUCUUAUGGGUCACUUCUAUUCUUAGAGACUGUGACUUGCAUCACCCAGGAAUGACUGAAAAAUCACCAACUGAAAGGUAAUUUCGAAUAAGUUAAAAUGUUAUAUUAUAUCGACAGUAUGUAACAAAGCUCUUGUUUGCAUCACAAAUAAAGAGAUGUUCUGUUUUUAUUUA